CACUAGCCAGCUUAGCUAGUACAAUUACCAUGGCCAAGUCUGCAAUGUUUUCUCUUUGGCUCAAUAUUAUUGUGUAUCUCGGCAUACUUGGAUUGCAAGUCUCACACUCUCAGCCAUCUGUGCCAGCACUUUACAUAUUUGGUGACUCCACAGCUGAUGUUGGAACCAACAAUUAUUUGCCCCGUUCUAGGGCGCGGGCCGAUUUCCCUUAUAACGGGAUUGAUUUUCCUCAAUCUAGACCAACUGGGAGAUUUAGCAACGGUUUCAACACUAUUGAUUAUCUAGCCCAGUAUCUGAAAUUCUAUGAAAGCCCGCCGCCUUUUCUCUCUUUUUCGGACAGCAAUAUUGCGAAAUUUCUCAUCAAGACGAAGGGAAUCAAUUUUGCUUCAGGAGGGUCAGGACUUCUGUAUUCUACAGGACAAAAGAAGUAUGUAAGUUAGCUUCUCCUCUAUCAAACUCUUGUUAGUAAUAUAUAUAUACAGGAGCGGACGUCCGACAAGCUGAAAAAAUGCGCAGCCAACCAUUGGUUGAGUUGCUAAA